GCACUCAGAGCAGAGCAAGCAUUCGCUGUCUGGUGCAAACCUGGAGCAAACGUAGCGGACCGCCAUGGCCGAACAGCCACUUUUCAUGUUGGAGCAUCAAAUUGCUCGACUGCUACACUACAAGGACUUGAUCCCUCGUCUGGAGGAAGCCUUGGCCAAAUUUUCCACAAGAGACCCAGCGGAGGUGAUCCAACCUGUGCGGACCACUCUGCCUCUGCAGAAACUGAAAGGUGGCUUGGGAUUGAUGCCUUCAUACAUGGAAAACGACGGAGUCCUGUGCACAAAGUUUGUGUGUUCCUACACACGAGAGAAAGACUCCACACUGCCAUCGAUUCAGGCCACAGUGGUGCUGCUGGACCCUGAAAUUGGAAACUUGAAGGCCGUGAUGGAAGGAAAUGUCAUCACGUGCAUGAGGACGGCUGCGGUGUCUGCCAUCUCUGCAAAGCUGCUGAUGCCUCAUCAAGCAGAGGUGCUGGCCAUCUUGGGAACAGGACAACAGGCCCUCAGUCAUUACAAUGUCUUCACUGAGACAUUUUCAUUCAAGGAGGUGCGAGUGUGGGGCCACAGGAAACAAGGGACAGAAAGGUUUCAAAGUUCAGCCGGCGGACCUGUAAACAUCUGCGACUCGGCGGAGACGGCAGUGAAGGGAGCCGACGUCAUCGUGACCGUAACGUCAAGUUCAGAGCCGGUGCUCUUUGGACAGUGGGUCAAACCGGGAGCCCACGUGGCAGCGGUGGGAGCUUGCAGUUCACGCUGGCGGGAGCUUGAUGAUGUGCUGAUGAAGGAGGCGGUCAUCUAUGUUGACAGCAGGGAGGGAGCCAUGACCGAGUCUGGUGACAUCCUCCUCUCUGGGGCUAAGGUGUUUGCCGAGCUUGGAGAAGUUAUCAAUGGAACAAAACCUGCGCUCAGAGAGAAGACGACUGUGUUUAAAUCCCUGGGAAUGGCGGUUCAGGAUGCAGUGAGUGCCAAGUUGGUGUUUGACCAAUGGAAAGCAAGUCAAGAAGUUUAAAACUGUGCCCUAUGUGAGACAAGCAUACUGCAUUGAAUGCCAAAUGAAUUAUUAAAACAAUCAUAACGGGAUUGUA